AUGCCGGUGGAUUUGCACGAGUGGUCGGGGGCUCUGGCUCUGAAUGAGGUGGAGGAAAAGCCGAGGGAGCCCCUGAAUGUUAGUUAUGGUACGGUGGAGGUAGAUGAGCUGGGCAAGGUGCUCACCCCCACCCAGGUGCAGGACCGUCCGGUCUGCAUUAACUGGUCUGGAUGUGAUCCAGACAAACUUUAUACUCUGAUUCUAACUGACCCAGAUGCUCCAAGCAGGAAGGCACCAAAGUUUAGGGAAUGGCACCACUUCAUUGUGAUCAACAUGAAAGUGAAUAACUUUAAAAGUGGAGAGAUUCAGUCUGUCUAUGUUGGCUCAGGUCCUCCUAAAGGAACUGGUCGUCACCGCUAUGUCUGGCUGGUUUACGAACAAUCUCAGCCACUGAAAUGUGAUGAACAGCGUUUGACCAACCGUUCAGGCGAUAAACGUGGGACAUUCAAAACUGCAGCAUUCCGUAAGAAGUACAACCCAGGUGUACCAGUGGCAGGGACAUGCUGCCAGGCCGAAUGGGAUAACUAUGUCCCAAAACUCUGA